CGUUAUCCGUGGUGUUGGUUGACCUCCAUCUUAAAUACCUUGGCCGAUCCUGUCCUGCGUUGCCCUGACCUUCUUGCGUGUUUGUAGUUCAUCAUUUCAUCACUGAUAUAUUGAUUGACGACGUUAUAACAUCUCACGAACACGAUCUCACCAUUACUCGAAAUAAUUAAAGUCGACCAUCAUUAUUAAACUUCCUUCGGGGUUCGGGGAUUGCGACUUUUGCAUCCACAAACCGCUUACACAACCAAGCCAAGCCGACAGGACCAUAUAAGUUGCCGCCUCCCGCCAUCAAUCCGCCCCGAUAGCAUAUCCGCGAGCAAUAACGUUAUAUAUACCAACCCAAAUCGUCCUGUCAAUUUCACAAGCCUUCAAUCCUUUCAAUUAUUCGACGGUAGUACGCAGAUGUUAUCAUAAGGUUUCCAACACACCCGAAUCCUCGUAUUGCGACAUUAGACUGCCAUAAGGCGUCUCAUUCAAAUACUCGCUUUCAAUUUCAACAUCUACCUACACCAAGGAACAACAUAAUCAUGGCGACCGAAACCGAUACUCUCUCGUUCUCGUUACCAACUAGUACUGCUCCCACCGAUUUUUCUGAAUCCACAUGCAUGCCUCACUCGACUCCCUUUUACCCAGUCCCCGACAAGCCAGCCGAGUGGGAUUCUAGAAUACCACCACUGCAGCCGACCCCACAAUCACAAGAUACUGUAUCAGGGGGUGGAUGUUUCAACGACGGAGGUCUUUUAUAUAGAGUUCAGGCUGAGCGCGAAUGUCGAGAGGGACCUGGCAAAACCGUUGAAGAGGCCUGCCAACGCUCUCUGAACCACUUCCCAUGUCCUGGACUCGCCUUUCCGAUGCCUGCCCUCGACUUUGAUUUUCGAAUCGCUGUUCGUUUAAAUCAAGAGGCUGUCCAUGUUGACUCAGGCAACACCAAGGAAAUUACCACCGUAGCAGCGGGAGUUUGGUCCGGAUCUUUUGGCCACGGCCGCGUCAUUGCAGGCGGAUAUGAUCUUGGCCAGGCACGCGGUUUUAGGCCCAUGAGGCUUGUCGAGGGCGCCUUUGUCGUCCAAACAAGUGAUGAACAGCCUGCACUUCUCGAAAUGCGCACUCGCGGUUCUCUCUCAGGACCCGCAGAUGUUCUCGACACUCUAUUAAGCCCUCGGGCCCCCAAGGACAUUGACCCACGACGAUAUGGAUUCCGCAUGUUCGCCACGUUCAAGACAUCCGACAAGCGUUACGCCGAAAUCGUCAACUGUGGAUUAUGGGUGGCCAGUGGUGCCUGGCGUGGCGAGCACUUGGUUAUCGAUGCCUACCGUGUUACAUGAAAAUUCGCAAAUCACCAGCAAGCGAAAGAUCCGAAUGACUUGACUUGACUUGACUUGACAGAAACGACAUAUUUAGCAUUGCAUAAGGGAUCCUGACUGGAUAGCGGAUCCCUCGGCGCACCACGGGAGUUGGUCUUUAAAUAGCCGAGUCAGUUUUCGACCCGGUUAGCAAAUAGGAGGAAAUGGACGGAUGAUGACGAUGCAUUGAGCGGCGUAGACAUUGGAUCUUGAGACUUUCCCAUCUAUUCCUUAAUCCUCAUUUGGUUGGGUAGUGAUGAAUUGAAUGACCUCCCUACUCAAAACCAUAUAGCGUUAUUUGACGACAAGCUAACAUUCCAUCUCAAUUUUGGUGCAUGUAAUUCCAUCCGGUACUUACGUCGGUCUCUUGCUCGGGUCAUAAUAUACCGAGGGUGCGUUUCCGAGUUAUCAUUAUCAAGCAAGAACGUUCUCCUCCUUGGGCGGCUAUCAUGGACCAAUUCUUGAUCAGUCGGUCACGCCAAUUUCUAUUGCUUAUUAGGACUAUGCCC